AUGAAAUUUUUUCAAGUAUUGAUUAUUUUAAAAGAGCACAGUAGAUUAUUUAAAUCGGUUCGUAAAAUUACAUUAUAUAAUGAAAAUUCAUUCGAACAUGAUUUUUUUCGUAUUGCUCAAUCGUUUUCAUUUCUUACAAAAUCAACUAUACAUAAUUAUGAACCACAACAUAAUCAUCAUUUUGAACAACCAAUAAUUAAAUAUUUUCAUCUUGUUAAAACUUAUCAAGAUUAUCUUGACGAAUUUUUAAACAAGACAAAGACAACGGUACCGUAA